CAUGCGGCAUGACCAUUAAGAAUAUAUAUCCGAUUCCACGAACCGAUGACCUGCUUGACCAGCUUCGGAGAGCCACGGUAUUUUCCAAACUGGAUUUGCGGUCCGGAUACUGGCAGAUAAGAAUGGCGAACAACUCCAUCAACAAAACCGCCUUCUGUACUCGUUACGGGUCAUACGAGUAUCUGGUCAUGCCGUUCAGACUCACCAACGCACCGGCAACCUUCAAAGCCGAUAUGAACCACAUUCUACGCCCACUCUUGGACGAAUGCGUCGUGGUUUAUCUAGACAACAUUCUCAUAUACUCACGUGAUAUGAAGCAGCACGUCGAACGCUUGCGACUCGUCUUCGACGAGAACGCUUCUACGUCAAGUUAUCCAAGAUGGGACAGUGACAUCGCGUACCGGAAAGGAUCAACGAAAAUCUGGGUACCGAACUACCCACCUUUACGCCAGUUACUACUCGAAGAAUACCACGAUGUCCUGUACGCCAGACAAUUUGGUAACAAUAAAACACUCACCGGUAUUGUAAAGCACUAUUACUGGCCCCACAUGACAGACGACGUACAGAAAUUCGUCAACUCAUGCGACACGUGUCAACGGAUGAAGAGCAAUAAGCAGAAGAAAUCAGGACUACUACAGCCUCUUCCUGUCCUAGAACAGCCAUGGCAAGUGGUUAGCCUAGACUUCAUAACCGGGUUACCAACUACCACCAACGAUCAUGACGCCCUCCUUGUCGUCAUCCACAAAUCUUCCAAUAUGGGACAUUUCAUCCCGACACACACGACGGCACGCACCAAGGAGACGGCCCGAUUGUUCCUUCGCUACAUCAUCUUCCAGCAUGGCAAUCCAACCACACUCAACUCCGACUAAAAUCCUAAGUUCACCAACAAGUUC